AUGCCCGUCCUGCAACCUCUGGCAGGCUCGCCAGACGCACCGAGCCAGUACAAACAGCCAUCCAGAAAAGGCAAAAAGGCAUGGAGGAAAAACGUCGACGUCUCCGAGGUGGAGAAGGGACUCGAGGAGCGCAAUGAGCAGAUCAUCAAGGGCGGCCUGGUCGCCGAGAAGCCCUCCGCAGACCUCUUCACCCUCGACACCGUCGGCGACGUCGCCAUCACCAAGAAGCACACCAAGCACGCCGCCGCCCGCAAGGGCCUCAAGGCCGACGAGAUCAUCGCCGCCCGCUCCGCCGUCCCCGCCGUGUCCCUGCGCAAGCGGCCCGGCGAGAGCAGCAGCAGCAUCAACGGCAAAGUGUCGGACGGCAUCUUGCCGGCCAAGCGCCAGCGCACGGGCACCUACGUGACGCACAAGGAGCUCGUGCGCCUGCGCAAGGUCGCCGACGGGCACCACGAGUCGACCGUGGCCGUCGCGGACGCCACCUACGACCCCUGGGACGCCGCGCCGGACCGGCAGCUCGCCCGCGAGCACGACGAGGCCUUCUCCUUCCUGCCCAAGAGGCAGGCCGCCAAGCCGCCCCGCACGCUGCGCCAGGAGCCCGUCUCCCUCGCCGCCAACGGCCGGCCCGUGCCCGCCGUCGCCAGGCCCUCGGGCGGGUACAGCUACAACCCGGCCUUCCACGACUACGAGGCGCGCUUCGUCGCCGAGGGCGAGAAGGCCCUCGAGGCGGAGCGCAAGCGCCUCGCCGAGGAGGAGGCCGACCGCCUCAGACGCGAGGCCGCCGCCCGGUCCGCCGCCGAGGCCGAGGCCGCCGAGGCCCGCGCCGACCUCUCCGAGUGGGACGAGGACUCGGCCUGGGAGGGCUUCGAGUCGGGCGGCGAAGAGCUGGCCGGCAGGUCGGCUAAGCGGCCGCAGCGCAAGACGCAGGCGCAGCGCAACCGCAUCAAGCGCCGCAAGGAGGAGGAGCGCCGGCUGCGGCACGAGGCCGCCCAGCGGCGCAAGGACGAGCAGGCGGCGCGCAUCAAGGCCAUCGCGCGCGAGGUCGCCGAGCGCGAGGAGACGCGGACGCUGUCGCGCAUCGAACUGGACUCGGACGCCGACGGGGACGGCGACGACAACCAGCAGGAGGGCAAGAUCAAGCUCCGCCGGCGGCCGCUGGGCAAGUACAAGGUGCCCGAGGGCGACCUCGAGCUGGUGCUGCCCGACGAGCUGCAGGACUCGCUGCGCCGGCUCAAGCCCGAGGGCAACCUCGUCAGCGACAUGUACCUCAACAAGGCCCGGGCGGGCAAGGUCGUGUUUGGCAAGCACAGGGCCUUUGCCAAGCAGGCGAGGACCAAGCUGACCGAGAAGUGGACGCACAAGGAUUUCCGGCUGUGA